UGCUUUCCUUCUCUUUCUCUGAUUGGUCCGUUCUUUCUUCUCUCUCACGUACGCAUUUUGUCCGUUUUGCCCCUUCCCUCUGUCUCUGCUGUUAGGGCUCUUAGCUGGACUGCUUUUUGUAUCAAUUCAACUUUCCAAUUCAGUCUCCUACUAUAUCGAUGAGGCCAGUGAAGUUAAUUAUUCAAAAUAUCUGAGAAGAGAACGGAACGGAGCACUCUUUACAGUGUUUUUGUCUGGAAUUGUAAGAUACAAAAUAAGAGAUCUGGUUCUGGUGGUGGAAAUGAUCGCAUCCAAGUUCAUUAAGUGCGUAACGGUCGGCGACGGCGCCGUAGGCAAAACCUGCUUGCUAAUUUCUUAUACCAGCAACAGUUUUCCAACUGACUAUGUGCCAACUGUGUUUGACAAUUUCAGUGCAAAUGUAGUUGUUGAUGGCAGCACUGUCAACUUGGGAUUAUGGGAUACGGCUGGUCAGGAGGAUUACAACAGAUUAAGACCGUUGAGUUACAGAGGCGCCGAUGUCUUUAUUCUUGCUUUCUCUCUUAUUAGCAAGGCUAGCUAUGAAAAUGUUGCCAAAAAGUGGAUUCCAGAAUUGAGACACUAUGCACCUGGUGUUCCAAUAAUCCUUGUUGGAACAAAGCUUGAUCUCCGAGAUGAUAAGCACUUUUUUAUUGAUCAUCCUGGUGCAGUUCCUAUCACUACAGCUCAGGGAGAGGAACUGAAGAAACUGAUUGGAGCCCCUGCCUACAUUGAAUGUAGCUCAAAGACACAACAGAAUGUGAAGGCAGUUUUUGAUGCGGCAAUAAAGGUAGUGCUCCAGCCUCCAAAACAAAAGAAGAAGAAGAAGAAGAAGUCUCAAAAGGCUUGCUCCAUACUGUGAUAAAGGAAAGUAUAGGUCUAACAGAGGAGAGAAAAUGACAUGGCUACCUAGCCUUAUUGCAACAUUGGCCAUUGUAUUUUUUUCCAUGCCAUACCAUGUUCCCCACCCAUAGGAAGCUGCAAGCUGUGGUGUAUAAUCUGACCAACAAUCUAGGGAUUUCUGAAGAAGCAUUGGAUUGUUUAUUUCUCAAAUUUUACUUGUUAGGCGUGAUGUGUAUUAUUUGGUGACCAAGUAUGCUCACCUCUUUUGGUUUUCAUGUUUGUACUUGUGGCUUGUAUGAUAGAGUUGUGAGUAAGAUCCCAAAAAUGAAACAAAUUCUCCUUUCUUCAACAAAUACUAUUAAUGUGAGGUAUUAAUAUUGCUAGUAA